GUUUCCGCGGCCUUCUCAUCUUGACCGACAACCACCCAGGAAGAAGGAAGGCAUCAAGCUCUUGAGUAUGGAAGAUCUGACGUGUCUAUGAUCUUGCUGGUGCCGCUGUGCUCAGGCUCCUCCUCGCGUAGAUCUGUAGAUCAUGGCAAGCGCCCCUGCCGGCCGCUCUCCGUCAGUCAAGAAGAAAGGGGAGCCGGACGCUGCUGCUGCCGCCCAUGAGUCGUCUGUCAAGAAGGAGGAGGAUAUGACGGGUCCUGGUGCGCAGCAGCCAGCGCACAGCAGCCGUCGUGGUGGGCGAGAUGAAGGCCGCCAUAGUCAGGGCGUCGAGGAGCGGUCCGGCGAAGUGCGGGAGGGAGCGGGAGAGGGAAGGGCGGAGAGCCGCCAUGGAGAGUCCAACGAUGGAAGAGGUGAGUUCGGGAGAGAUAUGAGGGGCACAGAAUGGCUCUGUAAAGUGUGUGUGGUGUUUGUGUGUCAGGUGUGGGUGACGGUGAUGAGGACAUGAGUGGGUCACUGUUCUGUAGUGAUCGUCGUGCGGGGCGUGCUGCCAGGCAGAAGGUGGCCAAGCUGAGCAAGAGGGCGACCAAGGACGAUGAGGAGGAUGAGGAGGAUGACGACUAUGAGGACGACGACGACGACAGCUCUUCCAGCGGGGAGGACGAUGACUGUGACGCACAGGAGGUGACUUAGAUAUAUGACACUCACCGCGGCGCCGUCAGUCGCCACGCCUCUUUGUGUGUGCGUGUGUGUCAUUUUCUUCAGGUCAAGGACCGCUCACCCUCCCAUUCACCCGGCGCGUACAAGCAGAAGAUCAAACGCCAGCGUACUGGUGCGACAGCAGACAGACAGCACAACACGCCACAGCACGCUUGGCUAGUGCGCACGCUCUCUGUGCUGUCUGUGUCGGCAGCUAUGCGGCGUGCUCUGCAGGAAUUCCUCGACAAGCUCAGGGACAAGCUGGGUGUGGAACGUGGUCUGGGCAUCCACGUGGCAGAUACGCGCAGGAAGAGGCCGGCCCUCCGCAUCAGGCUGGAGCGCAAGAAAGUGACAGUGUGCGACGAGCACGUCAGCGUUGAGGAGGGCCACACCGCCCGGGAGAUGCGCAGGGCGGCGAUUGAGUACCGCAACACCGAGUUCGAGAAGCACGGCGUCCCCCCCAUCACCGGCUACGAGGAGCUGCUCGACGAGCACCCCUUCCCAGACGAUGGCCAGGUGGACUGGGGAGGGAGGGAGGGAGGGAAAGAGGGAGGGAGGGAGGGAACACACUCCCGUCUCUGGUUUGUUCGUGUCAGGUGGAGCCACCCGCAGCAGCCGCAGCAGCAGCAGCAGCAGUGGCCCCUGCCGCUGCCGCCUAUCCCCCGUCCCCCCGUCAUCGUCGCAAGUGGAAGCAGAAGGGACCUGAGGACGGCGAAAUCAACAAAAGGAGCAGCAAAGGUCGCCGGACAGGUAUGGACACCGACGCGGUCGAGGAGGAUGGGGACGACUGCGAGGACGGCGAGGACAGCUCUUCCAGCGGGGGGGGCGAUGACUGUGACGCACAGGAGGUGACUUAGAUAUAUGACACUCACCGGCGGCGGCACGGUCAGUCGCCACGCCUCUUCGUGUGCGUGUGCGUGUGUGUGGCAUUUCUUUCAGGCCAUGGACCGCUCACCCACCCAUUCACCCGACGCAUCCAAGGAGGACAUCCGACGCCAGCGUACUGGGGCGACUGACCAUCAGCAGACAGCACACAGCACGUGUGGCUGGUGCACAUGGUCUUUGUGCUGUCUGUGUCGGCAGCUAUGCGGCGUACUCUGCAGAAGUUUCUCGACAAGCUCAAGGCCAAGCUGGGCAUGGCAAGUGGUCUGGGCGUCACGGUAGCGAGCGCGUUGAUGAAGCCGGCCCUCCGCAUCAGGCUGCAGCGGGACGGAGCGACAGUGUGCGAUGAGUACGUCGGCGUUGAGAAGGGCCACACCGCCCGGGAGAUGUGCAGGGCGGCGAUGGAGUAUCGCAACACCAGAUUCGAGAAGCACGGCGUCCCCCCCAUCACCGGCUACGAGGAGCUGCUCAACGACUACCCCUUCCCAGACGAUGGCCAGGUGGACUGGGGAGGGAGGGAGGGAUGGAUGGGUUUAUUGUGGAAGAGGAAACACUCCCAUCUCUGGUUUGUUCGUGUCAGGUUGAGCCACCUGCGGCAGCGGCACCUGCACCUGCAGCAGCAGCAGCAGCAGCAGCGGCCCCUGCCCCUGCCGCCUAUCCCCCGUCCCCCCGUCGUGGCCGCAAGCGGAAGGGGCGUGAGGACCGCAAGAGCAGCAAGCGAAGCACCAAACGUCGCCGGACAGGUAUGGACACACCGACGCACACGCAGAACAGGGAAAGGCGGCAUUCUCGUCCUCUCUGAUUCGUUUCCUUUAGAUUCGGGUGCCGGUUCGUGGGACGAGCAGACGCCUCCCGUGUCUGCGCCCCCGCCCCCCACCAAGUCACACGGCCAUGGUGCGCACACUGCUGACCACGGCAAUGCGGCCCCCCUGGCGAGUGCGAGUGCGGCAGCGGCUGCUGCUGGUGGCGGUGGUGGUGGUGGGGCCCCUGAUGUCGACGACAAAACGAUGGAGGGAGAGGGUGGCGGACAGGCAGGUGCCGGUGCUGUCGUCAAACAAGAGCGAGAGGGCCACGACAACAGUGGGGCUGGUGGCGGUGCCAAUGGCGGCAGCCAUGGGGGCGGGAGGGCGGUGGGGGAUGCAGCGAAUCCGAUCGACCUGGACUCGGACAAAGACGGCAGCACCAAACAGGCGACCGGUCAACCAAUGGGCGAGAUGAGAGGGGGGCGGACAACAAGUGCACCCACAUGUGGCGCGAGUGUGGUGUCAGGUCGUGUGUCGGCUGCUGCUGCCGCUGCGGCCACUCGUGGGGGCGUCAAGAAGGAGGAGAAGGGUCAGUCAGUCGGUCAACACACGACGGGUACAUCGAUGCGGCUGCUUGUGCGUCUGGUUUGACACAGAUGAUGUGCCUCGGUUCAAGACGGUUGAGCUGUCGAGUCUGACCAACGACGACAUAGUGGCGAUAUUCAUGCAAGACGCGCGUCUGACGAACCUAGUGGACACUGCUAGGACGGUAGGUACCUUCACUUGCAAGACAGAUGGAUGGAUGGAUGGAUGGCGGGCGUCACGGCCAUGUCUGUGGCGCACAGGAGGAGUGGGAUGGCGAGACCUUCGCUGAGGUAUUAGAGACCGACAAGAUGAACGUGCAAAAGGCCAUCAACGAGGUGCUGGGCAACCGCAUUACCACCGGCAAGGUCGCACGCAUCGUCAGAUGGCUCAAACGCAUCGAUCCAAACGCGGUCAGUCAGUACACACACACACACACAAGCAGCCACCAGGAGCGUUGUGUGAUUGUUGCGCACAGGUGCAGGUGCCCCUUUCGACGUAG